GAUUAAAUUAUAUUUUAUGUUAUUUUCUACUCUUUUUUUUUUUUAACGACUUCCCUAUGUUUAAUGGGUUGAGCAUCUUUUCAGCAUACAAGUCAAACAUGUUUGAUACUUGCGUACUCUCUCACCUAUGUAGCUGUACUGUGCACCGUUGCUUUUUCAAUCUACGACACAUAGCGCCACAUCACCGGUCAACAAGUACAGCUUUCAGUUUUCAUUUUUUUAUGCAUUUUGCGUCGAGCCAAAGUUUGAAGAGGCCCACGUCACGGUUCUAAAGAGCGAAAGAGUAUUCUAGAACUCCCAAUUCUUUAAACCCUUCUUAAACCCUCAUAUUUCUAAGAACUCUUCUAAAAAAAUCCUCUCAUCAAUUACAACCUUCAGCACCAAAAUGAUGUGCUCACCAGAAACCACCACGCCCUCCUCCAAAAUCAUUCUAUCAGGAGCUGCCUCGCUCGCUGCUUCUGCCAUUCUCUUCCAAACCAUCAACAACGUCGUCCCCACCUCUGUCCAGGACUACUUCCAUUCAUGCCUGCAGAGACUCUCCACUCGUUUAUUAUCCCAACUCACUGUUGUUGUCCAAGAGUUUGAUGGGCUCAUUGCAAACCACAUGUUCGAGGCAGCCAACGUUUACUUGGGCGAGAAGCAAUCACCUUUGACAUCAAGAAUUAAGGUUAUUAAGAUGGAGAAAGAGAGGGAACUGGCAGUGACAAUUGACAAGGGUGAAGAGCUGGUGGAUUUAUACAAUGGUGUGAAAUUCAAGUGGGUUUUGGUGUCUUCACGCAAUGACAAGCCGGUUUCAAAUACAAGGAGCAAUCAACAAGGGUUUGCAGCAUCGGAGACACGACACUUUGAGCUGAGUUUUCACAAGAAACAUAGAGACAUGGUGCUGAGAUAUUACUUACCCUAUGUUCUAGAGCAAGCAAAAGCAAUAAGAGAACAAAGGAAGACAGUGAAGCUUCAUACCAUUGACUAUAAUGGUACUGACUAUUGGAGCUCAAUCAACCUUGACCAUCCAGCAACUUUUUGUACAAUGGCUAUGGACCCGGAUUUGAAGAAUAUGUUAAUUGAGGAUCUUGACAGGUUUAGAGGGAGAAAGGAGUACUAUAGGAGAGUAGGGAAGGCCUGGAAACGUGGGUAUUUGUUGUAUGGACCGCCCGGUACAGGAAAGUCGAGCCUAGUUGCAGCCAUGGCUAAUUAUCUUAAAUUUGAUAUCUAUGAUAUGGAUUUGAAGGAGGUUCAGUGCAAUUCUGAUCUUAGGCGGUUGUUGAUUGGAACGGCUAGUAAAUCUAUAUUGGUAAUAGAGGACAUUGAUUGUUCAACUGAGAUGCAGAAUCGGGAAUCGGAUAACAAAGCCAUGUCUUUAGAGGAUGAGAAGGUUUCGCUCUCGGGUCUGUUAAACUUCAUUGAUGGCUUGUGGUCAAGCUGUGGAGAUGAGCGAAUCAUUGUAUUCACAACGAAUCACAAAGACCGCCUUGAUCCAGCACUGUUGAGGCCUGGUCGUAUGGAUGUGCACCUCCAUAUGUCAUAUUGCUCGUUUGGCGGAUUCAAGACAUUAGCUUCUAAUUACUUGCAAAUUCAGGAUCACCCACUGUUCAGAGACAUGGAAGACUUGCUAGAGAAGGUUGAGGCAACACCUGCAGAAGUUGCAGGAGAGUUGAUGAAAAGUGACACAGUAGAAGUCGCCCUACAGGGGCUUAUCAAGUUCCUCCAGAACAAAAAAGAUGGAAAUUAACUGGGCAUCUAGUAGCCCAGUGGACAAACAAUUGAAGUUGAAGGAAUUAGUAAUGGGGUAGUUAGCCAAGUUAAGACGGUGCUUUUUUUUCCUCUCCUUUUUGUUGGAAUUUUUAUACAAAACCCCAAUUUGCAUUUUAGGGUCAGAAUUUCAUAUUAAUAUUUUGUUUUAAUUAAUAUGACCACAAAAAAAAUUGCAAUAAUUUCUAUUAUAUAUAAAUUCUAACAUGAUAGGCAUGCCACAAUAGUCUGCAUCAUAUUCAUAUCAAUAAAUUGCUAUUUACAAUACCUCGUCAGUGAGAUCCCCAGCUCAAAUGUCAAAACUGUACCAAACACUAUUCACCAAGCAGAGCACAAAACUUGUUUUCUUGGAGGAAAACCAAAAAACACAAAUGGACACAUACUAUGGAUUUAAUUCAGCCAAAAUACAUGAUGCAAUCCAUGUAAUCUUCAUCUCUCACUUCUGAUGGUAGCUACAAAUGCAUUAUAAUGUCUAAAACUAAUUUUCCACACCACGGAUAUGAAGCUUGAUCUAACUUACUCCAAAGCUUCGUUUAUACAGACAAUACCAACUACAUCCAAUCUAACUUACUCCAAAGCUUUGUUUAUACAGACAAUACCAACUGCAUCCUCAUAUUUCCUGUAGCAUAAUUGCUUAAACACAACAGAAUGUUUUUAUGUUUACUAUUUAAAAGUAAUGUCAGUUCAGGAUUUCUAUAAAUAACUUAGACUUCCAU